AUAAAUGCAUGCUUGUAGUCGAGCACUUGUUCUUCAACUUUCUAUAGAAAAGAGAACAUCACAACAGUGAUUAAUUAGUGAAAUGGAGCUACCUCUGAUCGAUCUGGCGCCAUAUGUGGACGUAGUGACCGGAAAAUUUAGCUGCGACGAGCUCCUCCAUCCAGAACUGAAGAAGGUGUGUUCGGAGGUUAGUCGGAGCUUCAGAGAAACCGGAGCUCUGCUCGUUAGAGACCCGAGAUGCCCAAAUGAAGAUAAUGAUCGGUUUAUUGAUAUGAUGGAGAAGUACUUCGAACAGCCGGAGGAAGUUAAGCGUCUUCAGGAGCGUCCUCACCAGCAUUAUCAGGUUGGUUCGACGCCGGGGGGAGUCGAGAUUCCCCGGAGUUUGGUAGAUAUGGAAAUGCAAAAGAACCUGAGAGCACUGCCCAAAGAUCGUCGGCCUGCUAUUCCAACUGGCCCUGACCUCAAGUCCCGAUACAUGUGGAGGGUUGGCCCUCGGCCAUCCAAUACUCGUUUCAAGGAAUUGAACUCUGCGCCAGUCCUACCAGAAGGCUUCCCCGAGUGGAAAAAGAUCAUGGAUUCAUGGGGAUUUAAAAUGAUAUCGACAGUAGAGGCUGUUGCUGAAUUGGCUGCAAUAGGAUUUGACCUACCAAAGGAUUCAUUCACUAAUCUAAUGAAGCUCGGCCCACAUCUUCUUGCUCCAACAGGAAGUGACCUUGGACGUCAUGGAGAAGAGGGAACAGUGUUUGCUGCAUAUCAUUACGACAUCAACUUUCUAACAAUUCACUACAAGAGUAAGUUCCCCGGUCUAUUUAUUUGGCUAAGGAACGGGGAGAGAGUUGAAGUGAAUGUUCCAGACGGGUGUCUUCUUAUUCAAGCUGGAAAACAGUUGGAAUGGAUGACUGCUGGUGACUGUAAGGCCGGUAUGCAUGAAGUUGUGGUAACUCAAAAAACAAUCGAUGCAGUUAAUGCUGCAAAACGAGAAAAUCGAUGCCUCUGGAGGGUAUCCUCAACACUAUUUUCCAACGUAGCAUCUGAUGCUGUGUUGAAGCCGUUGGGUCAUUUUGCAAAAUCUCCAACUGCUGAUAAGUAUCCGGCCAUGUAUGCUGGAGAAUAUUUUGAGAAGGAGCUUGCUGUCAUUAAUCUUAAAGGAAAGGACGGGGCGUAAAGGAAAGAACGGGGCAUAUAUAAUUACGGGAGACUUUUGGUGUCUGUAAGAUGGUGUGGUGAAUAAACCAAUUACAAUUGAAGGACAUUUGUGUUUGUUUGGGCUCAAGUUUGGUGUAUUAAUUAAUUGUUGCGUAAUGAAGGAUUGUAAACAUAUCUAAAUUAAAGCGUGCUUCGUAUGUGUAUAAGUUACGAAUAUGUACUUAUAGUAUGAAUAAAAUAUCCUUUUUGUCUGUGUACGACAAAUAUAUGGCCACAAUUUCACUAA